AUGACGGUUUCUUCAAUUAAAAAUGGAAUGGAUGAAGGCAACAAUAGGCCUUCGAAACAUAUUGUUCUCGUUCUUGACUUCGGCUCCCAAUUUUCUCGCCUGAUAGAGAUUUCAGCAGCAAGACCUGCAGCAGUUGUGCUAAGCGGAGGCCCUGCAUCUGUGUAUGAAGCAGAUGCCCCUCAUAUACGGCGCGAUGUAUGGAAUUUGCUGCAGCAGAAACAAGUGCCGAUGUUAGGCAUUUGUUACGGUAUGCAAGAAAUUGUUUAUCAGUUAGGAGGUAGAAUAGUUGGUGAAGGGCCUCGAGAGUUCGGUAAGACAAUGAUAUCUCUAUGUCCUUUACCUGAAGAUCCUUGUCUGAUGGAUGCUGCUGCUGCUGCUGCUGCUGCAACAGCAGCAACUCAAGCAGCAGAUGCUGCAGCAGAAGCAACAGGAGACCCCUGGCAGGUACCUGCAGCGCAUGCAGCAGCACCACCAUCUCUAGGAGAUCUUUUCUUUGGGGUUAAGGGCCCUGAAGUGCCUGUCUGGAUGAGUCAUGGUGAUAAAGUAGAACAGCUCCCCUCUUCUUUCACUGCACUUGCAUCAACAUCUACCUGCCGAUAUGUUGCUGCUGCUUCUCCUUCUUUGGGUGUCUAUACACUUCAAUUUCACCCAGAAGUAACGCAUUCAGCUUGUGGGGUGUCUCUUUUAACAAACUUUUUGCAGCGAGUUUGCCGCUUAGAGCUAACUUGGUGCAUGCAUUGGUUCUUACCGCAGCAGAUAAAGCAGCUGCAGCAGCAAAUCGGUAAUAGGCCUGUUGUAGGAGCUCUAUCAGGAGGGGUUGACUCAACUGUUGCUGCUGCGCUGCUGCACCGGGCUAUCGGCAGCAACUUUCAUGCUUUCUUCAUCGAUACGGGGCUGCUUAGGAAGAAUGAAGCAACAGAGACGAUGCAUGCAUUAAAGCAGAGCUUUCCUAGUAUAUCUUUAGAGUGUAUUGACGCAAGCUCUCGCUUCUUUGCUGCUUUAAAAGGUGUAACUGACCCCGAGAAGAAGAGAAAGAUUAUCGGCGGUUUGUUUAUUGAUGUCUUUGAGGAGGCAAUACAAAAAAAAAAUAUUCCUGUUGAAGGCACCCUCCUCUUGCAAGUAAUCGGAACACUCUAUCCAGAUGUAAUAGAGUCUGUUUCUUAUAAAGGCCCCUCUACUACAAUUAAAACUCAUCAUAAUGUCGGUGGUUUACCGGAGAGAAUGAAGUUGAAAGUCUUAGAACCUUUAAGAGAUUUGUUUAAAGGUAAUAACUUCUUUUGUUUAAUAGUUUUAUAG